CAACCUGUUCUCACGUUCUUGUGUCUAAGCUCAGUGCAGUCACCAUGUCUUCAUCUGGUAUCACUGUGCGUCUCCUGAAGGAAGAAAAGCCCUCUUCUGGGCUUGUUGUCAGUCCAUAUCUGGGACAGGACUACCAUAAACUUGUCCAGGAAUGUCUGCAGCAGGGACGUCUGUUUGAGGACCCCCUCUUUCCUGCAGAUGAAAAAUCAUUGGGGUACAAUCAGCUGGGUCCUUGGUCUGGACAAACCAGAGGCAUUCAGUGGAGAAGACCACAGGAAAUCUGCCAGUCCCCUCAGUUCAUCUGCGAAAACAUGAAAUGGACAGAUGUGUGCCAGGGACAACUUGGUAACUGCUGGUUUCUUGCUGCUGCUGCCGCCCUGACUCAGUACCCAUUACUUAUGGCACGUGUUGUCCCCCCACAGCAGAGUUUUAAGGAUAGAUACGCUGGAAUAUUCCAUUUUCAGUUCUGGCAGUAUGGAGAAUGGGUGGACGUAGUGGUUGAUGACAGAUUGCCAGUGAAGAAUGGACAAUUGGUUUUUGUCAGCUCUGCACAGAAAAGUGAAUUUUGGGCAUCUCUUCUUGAAAAAGCGUAUGCAAAGUUAAAUGGAUCAUAUGAAGCCCUGGAUGGAGGGUUUAUGAAUGAGGCAUUUGUGGAUUUCACUGGUGGAUUGGAUGAGACUGUGGAUCUCAAGGUCCCUCCUCCAAAUCUCUUCCAUCUGAUUGAAAAGGCAGUAAAGAAGAGAUCACUUAUGGGAGCCUCCAUCCAGAUCCAGAGUCAGUAUGAGAGUGAACUGCAAACCCCAGAGGGACUGGUAAAGGGACAUGCUUAUUCUAUCAUAGCAACUUGGAAGAUGGAACAAAAUGGCCGAACAAUUCAUCUGCUACGUCUGAGGAAUCCGUGGGGUAAAGUAGAGUGGAACGGACGCUGGAGUGAUAACUCUCCUUUAUGGUCACAAGUUACCGUUGAACUUCAAGCAAAACUGCAGGCCAGAGGUGAAGAUGGAGAAUUCUGGAUACAGAUUGAAGACUUUCUGCGCUUUUUUGAUAUCCUGGAAGUCUGCAACCUUACACCAGAAUCAAUGAGAGAUGAAUGUGCUCAUUUGUGGAAUACAAACACCUUCUGUGGAAGAUGGAUAAUGGGGCACAAUGCUGGAGGGUGCCGGAAUUAUAGAGCCACUUUCUGGACCAACCCACAGUACAUGGUGACUCUGACAGAGGAGGAUGAAGAUCCCCAUGAUGGGUGUACAUUACUGGUCUCUCUCAUGCAGAAGAACAGACGCCAGAUUAGAUCCAGAGGACAGGACUUCCUGGCUGUGGGAUUUGAGAUCUACCAGGUUCCAAAAGAGUCUGACAAUAUGAUGCUUGUAUCAGAGAGGAUGAACUUAUUCUCAAUGCUUGUGCCUGUUGUUCUGAGUCCGUUUGUGGCCAAGCGAGAUGUUACUGAACGGUACCAGCUGCCUCCUGGGAAAUACCUGCUAAUCCCAAGCACUUUCCAACCCCACCAGGAAUCUGACUUUAUCCUGAGGGUCUUCACAGAGAAGCAGCACAAACUCAUGGAAAUUGAUUAUGAGAUCAGAGCCAAUGCAAAUGUGUUUCAGGAGAAAGAGCUCCAGGGCACCAUGGAAGAAUUCACAGCUCACUUUACAAGACUGUCCGGGCUGGACAGAGAAAUCAGCCCUGAAGAAUUACAAAAGAUUCUGGUACAAAUAACAUCCAAACACACCCAUCUGAAGGUGGACGGAUUUCCUCUGGAUACCUGCAGACUUCUAAUAAAAAUGGUAGAUCGCAACGGAAAUGGGAAGCUGCAAUUAGAGGAGUUUAGGAAACUGUGGACCAAGAUCAAGGAGUGGGAGCUAAUAUUCACAAAAUACGACAAAGACAGGUCAGGAACUAUGGAUGUUCAGGAACUGCGGUUAGCGCUGGAAGCGGCUGGAUUUACACUGAACAACCAAUUGGUAGAAUCUCUGUGCCAGAGAUAUGGUGAUGACGUUAGGCAGGUGGAUUUUGAUAGUUUUCUUUCGUGCCUGGCCUAUCUCGUCUGUGUUUUUGGACAAUGCCAGAAUAUGGACCAAAACAAAGAUGGCUUAAUUAGCAUCUCCAAACAGCAGUGGCUACAGCUCUUAUGUUUCAACUGAAGGGGAAACCUUCUAUCUUCCAAUAACUCAAGUUAAUCUCUGAUGUUUACAGAAGGCAAAAAGCAUCCUUGGUUGAUAAAAGCUCUGAUGUGAAAAUAGUUUGUUUGCUUAAUAUUUGUGCUGUUCUGUUUUGUAUCAUUACGAAAAUAAUGAUGUUUUAGCUGAAAUAAAAAAGUUUAUUUUUCUUUGA